AUGUUUUCCCGCAUCUCUGCUCUCUCUGUCUUCUCGGUCCUGGCCCUCGCUAUCGCGGGGUCGGCGACAUCUCUCGUGUCCAGGCAGGCUGCUGCUUGCCCCGCUGGCAAGACAGCCCUCUGUUGUCUCACUUAUGUGAGCAUGAACAUACGCACAGAUUCUGGAAGAGGUCUGCUUAUCGAUCUUUAA